CGCGAGGCCACGACAGUAGUAGAUUAGUGUCAGUGCGGAUCGUUGUAGUGUUUGUGUAGUGAAUUCGUGUUAUUAAGCAACUUUUUUAAUGAUAUUCACGAAGAGGACAUAAAUAAUCUUGGAAAAUAUUAUCAAAAACUCAAACAAUACAAGUGUUCUGUUCAAAACUAUCGAAUUGUGUAAGAUUCACGUGCGUUACCAAACGAUUUAAAUAUAAACAAAUGGCAAUAAUACGAUAACCGUGGACAACACGCGUUUUAACCCUACAGAUAAUGCCAAAUUCUUGGGAUGGUAGAUCUGAACCCGGAUGAAGAACUGCCGAUGCUAGUAGAUGGUAGGACGGCUUUACACUACGCCGCUUCAACAGGCGACUGUUCUUCUAUUGCAGAGCUUUUGACCAACAAGUCUGUGGACGUGAACUCGCAGGAUGCAGUUGGAUAUUCGGCAAUACAAAUAGCUGCGGCUGAGGGAAAUCUCGACGUGUUGCGUUUGUUAUUGCGACAUCGAGCAGAAGUGAACUUACACGAUAGUGUGCAUGGAAACACGGCAUUACACGAAGCCAGUUGGAAAGGUUACAGCAAAACGGUCGCAUUACUAGCGCAUUCUGGUGCCCAAUUGGAUCGCAAGAAUUUCGGUGGUUCGUCUGCGCUACAUUUGUGUUGCCAAAAUGGUCACAAUCAAAGUUGCCGCGAACUGUUACUUGCUGGGGGCGAUCCAGACAUUCAAAAUAACUACGGAGAUACGCCUCUCCACACAAGUGCCAGGUAUGGACAUGCUGGUGUUUUCAGAAUUCUGCUAAGUGCUCAAUGCAAAGUAUCCGAACAAAAUAAGAAUGGCGAUACUGUGUUACACAUUGCCUCAGCUAUGGGUAGAAGGAAAUUGACCAAAAUCAUCUUGCAAGCCAAGUGCAAUACAAUACUGAGAAAUAAGCAAAAUGAAACAGCCAAAGAUAUAGCGGAACGCAAGAAUUUGACUGAGAUUUUAGACAUUUUAAAUGAUCCGAAUUAUAUCAAGAAAAAGGGUAAUGAUAGCAAAUCUGCCAAAAAAGAACACAAGAAUGGCAAGAAGCGAUCCGAAGGAAGCAUCAAGAAACAGUGGUCACCGUAUGGCUGUCAUUACUUUCCUGACACCAAAGAGUUUCCCAAGCCAAAGUUAAAUUCUUUACCAGAAGAACCUCUUCACGCCGGUGAACAGUACUAUCUGGAUUUGGCGGGCAAUAUUAGGAAGGGGCCUGUUGGUGUAGGGUAUACGUGUUAUUGUGCGCCGUUUUUUAAAGAAUUAGAAGCCCGUCUUGAUCACAAUACAAAGAAGUUAAAACGACAAAUAUGCCGAACCGAGGACAAUAUUAACAGGCGGCUGUGCUGUGUGGAGAAGCAGUUGAGACGAUCCAAAGAAAAACUCCAGCAGGUAACCGAAGAGGGAGACUGCAGUGAUAACGAUAGCGUGUUGGAAGACCGUUUCCGGGCUCAAUGUACCAUUGAUGCAGCAGUCAUGGACCCAAACUUGCGGUGGCGACUUGAUUAUCUGACAACUCGUCGACAUGAUGACAUACCGUGUAAUGAUUCUGGGUACAGCACGAAGAUGUUCAGCAACUCUCAAGGCCCCUCUCCGUCAUUAUCGCAUUUAAUGGAAAACGGUACAACAACUAUUAUUGAAAGUUCCAAAAUGCCAAAAUCCUUAAGUAUUCUUCCAUCAGAAACCAACAAUCUGGAAAGUAUUGUCUGAGCAAUACACGUGAAGAGUUUUCUCCAUACACACUUAACAUUUUGAAUAUAAGUGAAAAUAUAUUCAGUCUAUUAUAUACUUACAUGUGCAAUAUCGUUAUUUUAAAACAUUGUUAAUUAUUGAUUUGUUUACGUUAAUAAAAUAUUUAUUUCAUUUUAGCUUCGAUGCGAAGCUGAAAAGGUAUUAAU